UGUCUGAAUUGAUGAAAUUUUGUUUUGCAGUCAGCCCUGGACGGGUACCCGGUGUGCAUCUUCGCCUACGGGCAGACGGGCAGCGGCAAAACCUUCACCAUGGAGGGGCCGGAGCCGCCGGGCGGCCCCGAAUCGCGGGGGAUGAUCCCCAGAGCCGUCCGGCACCUCUUCCUGGGCGCCCGAGACCUGCAGGGGAAGGGCUGGCAGUACCAUUUCUCCGCCAGUUUCCUGGAGAUUUACAACGAGUCGCUGCGGGAUCUGCUGCUGGCGCGGGGAGAGCGCGGCUCCGAGCUGGAGAUCCGGCGCCUGGGACCCGGCAGCGACGAGCUGCACGUGCCCAACCUCACCUGGGUGCCCGUGCAGACUGAGGAGGAGCCUCCCUGA